AUGUCAUAAGUUGUUGAAUUUUAGUUUAAAUAGGAGGAGGUAAAAUUAUUAAUCUAAUUUAUAGAGCUUUAAAUUAAUUAGAUCAGCGUAUUAAAGUUUAAUACCUGUUAAUGAAUUUGCAUUCAAAAAUUUUACAGUCAUGAAACAUUCUAUCCCCUGA